UGGUAACCCAAUGUCCUAAACCUGACGUUUCUUGCGGUCAUGAGCGGCAAAGCUCUUGUAGACGCUGGCUUGCUGCGCGAAGCAGAGGUACUUUUUGCGAAUACUGAUGAAAUCCUCAUAGCAGCUUUCCAGGUUCUGAAAAUUCAACAGCAAGAUGAAUCUACUGGCACGCAGCUGUUGAAGGCGCUGGGCGCAAAGACCUUCCUCGCUCAAGAAGCCCCCCAGCCCCGACUCCUCAUCCUCACCGUCCGCCGUCGCACCACAUCCACCACCACCACCUCAACCCACCGCUCUGCUGCCACAACCUCCGCCAGCAGCGGCAGCACAGCAGGCGGCUUCAAGCCCACCCUCCACAUCUGCAGAACCGCAGAUGGUACCGAACCCAACAGCCUCGCCUACGAUGCACCCACCAUCAAACCCUCCUCCAGCACCUACCUGGCUACCACGAGCCGAGGAGGCGGAGGCGGUGCCAGAGACGGUCCUGCUGCCAACCUGCCGCCGGCUGCGGACAUGAAAUCCUAUCCCCUGAAGAACCUAACCGACAUUGUCGUACUGGGCGGCAGCAGCAACACGACCACGGCUACUGCUACUGCUCCUACAACGAGCAGCAAGUACGAACAGCAGCAGCAACAGCGGUACGGCACGAGCAGCAGUAACCCACAUGGCAGUAGCAGUGGCAGCCACAGCCACCACCAUGCACCCCUCCUGGAGCUGCGUUUCAGUGGCGGGGGUGCAGGCGGCGGUGGCGGAGGAGGUGGGGGUGCGGGAGGAGGAGGGGGAGGCGGCGCUAGCUACAGGCAGCGAGGUGGUGGUGACGGGCAGCAGCAGGCGGGGGCGGCGGUGGUGAAUGUGUUCCGGCUGCAGAGCGGGGAGGAGCGGCUGCUGCUGCUGGCCCUGCUGACCAGCCUGGCCAGCUGCUGCCCCGGCUGCCGCGCCCCCCGGCUGGCGGGUGUGGAGGCGGGCGAGGUGCAGUCCUGGUGGGCGGGGCGGCGGGCGGCGCUGCUGCCCGCACUGGGGCCCUUCGCGACGGGGCUGCUCAUGCCGGGAGGUGGCUCCGAGGACCCCGACGCGCCCUCCUCCGCCCCCUCCCGCGCCGUGUUGUUGAGCGGCAAGGAGGAGCGGCUGCUGGGGGAGCUGAUGGAGGCGUUCGAGG